AGCUGGUCUGAACUUUCCCUUAUAAGACAUGAUAGGUAUUGUGAAUGUCGGCCAACACCGACAGUCCAACCAGAUAUUUACUUUUCUAUCGCAAUCUGCUUAGCCAACGAAACGAAAUGCCUAUACUUCAAUGAGGGGACACCGCGUAUUCUGCCACCAGAUCAAUCGCAAAGGCAUGCCUACUUAAAAGGCAACCCUGGAGCAUGAGCUAGGUAUAUAUAACGGGUGGCAUUGCUCCCUUCUAUAAAGAAACCAAUGCCUCCAAGCUCGUUUUGUUAACUUCCAAAGCCCCUAGUACACAGUACUUGCCUCCUAACAUGGUCGCCUUCAGACUUUUAAGCUUCGCGCUCUUGGCCAGCGCAGUGGCCGCCCAGAACAUACUACGAUACAUGCCUUUAGGCGAUUCCAUAACUGAAGCCGUCUGCUGGCGCGCACUGUUAUGGGAGAAGCUGCAAAGCACCGAGUUCGCCUCGGUGGAUUGGGUCGGGUCAAGCAAUUUGAUUGAUAAUAAUUGCGGAAACACUCGCUACGACCGCGAUAGUGAGGGGCACUCGGGGUUUCUGGCCAUCAAUAUCGCCAAUAGCGGACAGCUCGUAGGCUGGCUUCAGGCGAAUCCCGCGGAUGUGGUUACGAUGCAUCUAGGCACUAACGAUAUUGGGUGGCUUAACCCCCCCGUGGACCAGAUCCUUGCCACUUUUACGAGGCUCGUGGGGGUGAUGAGGGAUAGCAAUCCGAAGAUCAAGAUCAUUGUCGCGCAAAUUAUCCCCAGCACCAACGUGAUAUGGAAUACAGCUAUCACGAAUCUUAAUCAGGCGAUACCAGCAUGGGCGCAAGGGCUGAACAAAACAGAGUCGCCGAUCUGGGUGGUGGACCAGAAUACAGGAAUCGAUCCGGUCGCUGACCUGCGCGACGGCCUGCACCCCAAUCUAGCAGGGGACGAAAAGAUGGCCAAUGUGUGGUACCCGGGGCUCAUCAACGCGUUGCGGGCUGCGAAGACCGAUAAGUUGGCUGAAGCUGAUGCUGCUGCUGCUACUGCUGAUAAGGAUGGGGAUGGGUUUAAGCCCGCCAAGGUGACGAAGAACAACGUGGAACGAAGUGGUCGGAUCAUGCUUUGCGCCUUGUGAAAAGAGAGAAGGAGCUGCUGUCGAGGUUGCAUGUACGCUACUUAUGAGUGACGUUAAUCGAGCAACAGAGCAAUACAAUGUCUCGAGUGCGG